AAGUGGAGUCGGGAACCGACCCGCAGUAGUAGUUGAUCACAUCUACAGCUGACAAAAUGGUCGUAUGGACAGACUUCGAGCGCUCCACCAUCCAGGACAUCUUCUCCAAGAUGGACUAUGAGGUGGUGGGCCCUGCAGCUCUCACCAGGUGUCUCAUCGUCUACCCCUGGACUCAGAGGUAUUUCGGCAACUUCGGAAACCUCUACAACGCCGCCGCGAUCAUGGGAAAUCCGAUGGUUGCAAAACACGGCACCACAAUCCUCCACGGCCUGGACCGCGGUGUGAAGAACAUGGACGACCUCAAGACAACCUACGCCGAGCUGAGCGUGCUGCACUCCGAGAAACUGCACGUGGACCCCGACAACUUCAAGCUCCUCUCCGACUGCCUGACCAUCGUGGUGGCUGCUCAGUUGGGCAAAGCCUUCACUGCAGAGGUCCAGGCAGCUUUCCAGAAGUUCCUGGCCGUGGUGGUGUCCUCCCUGGGAAGACAGUACCACUAGAGAGCUGCAACUGAGGACCCGCACACGCUGUUCACGAAAAAGCUCUGUUGUUUGUCAUGUCUCAAUGGCGUAAAUAAAUAAAACAUUUCAACCACUCA